CCAGAGGCACAAAGGGGGGGCAACCAAAAUGUCUGCUUUAUAUAGAGAAGAGUCUCUGGGGCAAGGGCAGCCCAGCCUGUGGGCUGGAGAGUUCAGGGUAGACGGUAGAAUAUGCCAGCCAUACCCAGGAACAGGUAGGACUGAGAGAUGCAAGGAGAACCUGGAGGCCAUGCUUUGACAUAUUUGACAGGUUGAAUAUGUUGAAAAUUGAGACCUCUGCAGUCUGUUUCUGGCUUGAAACUUAACACUUUCUUCCAGUAUGUAUUUCUGGCCUAUGUAUCAAAAAUCAGGUAUCCAUAGGUGUAUGGAUUUCUCUCUAGGUCUUCAAAUGAUACCUCAGCAGUCUGUUUCUGGUAUGAAAUUUAACAUUUUCUCUCUUCCAGUGUGUAUUUCUGGCCUUUUUAUCAAAAAUCAAGUGUCAAUAGGUAUGUAGAUUUCUUUCUAGGUUUUCAAUUUGAUUCCAUUGAUCAACAUUUCUGUUUAUGUACCAAUAAAAUGCAGUUUUUAUAACUAUAUCUCUAUAGUGCAACUUGAAAUUGGUAAUGGGGAUACCUCGUGCAGUUCUUUUAUUAUUCAGGAUUGUUUUAGCAAUUGUGGGUUUUUUGUGUUUCCAUAUGAAGCUGAAAAUUGUCCUUUUAAGAUCUGUGAAGAAUUUUGGACUUUUGAGGGGGGCUGCAUUGAAUCUGUAGAUUUCUUUUAGUAGGAUGGCCAUUUUUACUACACUAAUCCUACCUAUCCGUGAGCAUGGGAAAUCUUCCUGUCUUCUAAUUAUCUUCUUCAGUUUCUUUGUUCAGUGUCUUGAGGUUUUUGUUAUAUAAGUUUUCACUUGUUUGAUUCGAGUUAUUGCAAGGUGGUUUAUAUUAUUUGAGGCUGUGGUGAAAGGUGUUGUUUCCCUGAUUUCUUUCUCAGUUUGUUUGUCAUUUAUAUAUAGGGGGCUACUGAGUUUUGUGAGUUAAUUUUGUAUCCAACUACUUUGCAGAAAGAGUUCGUCUGCUAUUGGACUCUUCUGGGGCAAUAUUUAAGGUCACUUGUGUGUACUAUCAUAUCAUCUGCAAGUAAAGAUACUUUGACUUUUCCAUUCACAUUUCUUUUUCCCUAAUCUCCUUCAGUUGUCUUAUUGCUCUAGCUAAGACUUCAAGUACUAUAUUGAAUAGGUAUGUAGAGUGUGGGCAACCUUAUCUUGUUCCUGAUGUUAGUAGAAUUGCUUUGAGUUUCUUUUUAUUCAAGUUAAUGUUGGAUAAAAGUUGCUGUAAACUGCCUUUAUUGUAUUAAGGUAUGUCCUUUGUAUCCCUGAUAUCUCCAGAUCUUAAUCAUGAAUGGAUUUUGGAUUUGUCAAAGGCCUUUUCUGCCUCUAAUGAGAUAAUCAUAUGCUUUGUUUUUCUUUCAGUUUAUUUAUAUGGUGGAUUCCAUUUAUUGAUUGUUGAACCAUCCCUGUAUCUCUGGGAUGAAGCCUCCUUGAUGAGUGUGGAUAAACUUUUUGAUGUGUUUUUAGAUUCAGUUGCAAAUAUUUUAUUGGGAAUUUCCCAUCUAUGUUCCUAAGGGAAAUUGCUUUGUAAUUAUCUUUCUUUUGGGGGACUUUAUGUGGUUUGGGUUGCAGGGUAUCUGUGGCUUUGUUUUUUCUUAUAAAAGUGCAGGAGAGGGACAAUGUUCCUUUUGUUUGCAUUUUGUGGAACAAUUUGAGGACUAUUGACAUUAAGUCUUUGAAAUGCUGGUAGAAUUCUGUGCUAAAACUCUCUGGCCCUGGGCUUCUUUUUGGUUGGCAAACUUAACGGGUUUGAUUUCACUGGGGGUUAUAGGUCUGUUUAAAUUGCUUAUCUGAUCUUCAUUUAACUUUGGGAAGUGGUAUAUAUCAAAAAAUUAUGGAUUUCUUUUUGAUUUUUAAAAAAUGUGGUAGAGUAAUAUUUUUUAAGGUAUGUCCUUAUGAUUCUCUGGAUUUCCUCAGUGUCUGUUGUUAUGUCUCUAUGAUUUUUACCAAAGAAGUAACUGUUUCAUUCAUUCUUUGUAUUGUUUUCUUUCUUUUUGUUUCUAUUUUAUUGAUUUCAGCCUUUAGUUUUAUUAUUUCUUGCCAUCUACUCCUUUGGGUGACUUUUUUUUUGUCCUCUCUCUUUGUUCUAGAGCUUUCAGGUGUGCUGAUAAAUUACUAGUAUAAGAUCUUUUCAAUUUUUUUUUUUAUGUAGGCACUUAGUGCUAUGAACUUGCCUUUUAGAAUCACCUUCAUUGUGUUCCAUAAGUUUUGGUAAAUUGUGUUUUCAUUUUCAUUCAGUUCUAGAAAAUCGUUGAUUUCUAUCUUGACCCAUUUUUUAUUAGUAAUGAGUUGUUCAGUUUUCAUGAGUUUGAAAACUUUCUGUUGUUUCUGUAGCUGUUGUUGAUAUCCAGCUAGAAUCCAUAGUGGUCAGAUAGGAUGCAGGAGGCUAUUUCAAUUUUCUGUUAUCUGUUGGGACUUGCUUUGUGUCCAAGUAUUUGGUCAAUUUUGUCGAAAGUUCCAUGAGGCCUAAGAAUAAGGUGUAUUCUUUUGUGUUUGACUGAAAUGUUCUGUAAAUAUCUGUUAGGUACAUUUGGUUUAUCAUGUCAGUUAGCUCCAGCAUUGCUCCAUUUAGUUUUUGUUUGGAUGAUCUGCCUCCAAUAUCAAUGUGUCUUUCAGUAUGUAAUUCAAGCUAUAGUAGUAUUUCUUUUAUGAACUUUGGUGCCCUUGUAUUUGGUAUGUAGUUGUUAAGAAUUCCAACAUUGUCUUUCUAGUGGAUUUUUCCUUUGAUGCGUGUGUAAUAUCCUUUCCUAUUUCUUCUUAGUUUUGGUGUGAAGUUUAUUUUGUCAGACAUUAAAAUGGCUAUACCAAAUUGCUUCUUAGAUCCAUUUGCUUGGAAUAUCUUUUUCUAAUGCUUUUACCCUGAGGUGAUGUCUAUCCUUGAUGUUAAGGUGUGUUUCUUAGAUGCAGCAGACAGAUUGAUCCUGUUUUCAAAUAUAAUAUGUUAGUUUUCAUAUUUUUGUUGGAGAAUUGAGGCCUCUGAUGUUAUCAAUGAGCAGUGAUUGUAGAUUUCUGUUACAUUGUUAUAGUUGUUGUUGGUGGUGGUGGUAAUGGUGGUGGUGGUGGUGGUGUGUGUGUGUAUGUCCAUGUCCCUUCUUUUGACUCCACUGGUCUGAGACUAUUCCCUGUGUUUUCUUGUGUGUAGUUUAUUUCUUCAGGUUGGAAUUUUCCUACUAGAACCUUUUAUAUUACUGGGUUUGUAGAUACUGCUUAAAUUUGGUUUUAUCAUGGAAUGUCUAAUUUUCUCCAUGUAUGGUGAUUGAAAAGUUUGCUGGGUAUAGUAGUCUGGGUUGGCAUCUGUGGUCUGUUAGAGUUUUCAGCACAUCUGUCUAAGCCCUUAUGGCUUUUAGAAUAUCCAUGGAGAAGUCAGGUGUAUUUCUAAUAGUUCUUCCUUUAUAUGUUACUCUUUUUUUUCCCCUUGCAGCUUUUAAUAUUCUUUCUUUGUUCUGUACAUUUAUUGUUUUGAUUAUUAUGUGCCAUGGGGAUGUCUUUUCUGGUCUAGUUUCUUUGAUGUUCUGUAUGCUUCUUGUAUUUUGAUCAGCAUCUCUUUCCUUUAGUUAGGGAAAUAUCUUGUAUGAUUUUGUUGAAAAUAUUUUCUGGGCCUUUGACUUGUGUUUCUUCUCCUUCCUCUAUUCCUAUUAUUCUUAGGUUUGGUCUUUUUAUAGUGUCCCAAAUUUCCCGGAUUUUUGUGCCAAAAGCUUGUUUAGAUUUAACAUUUUCUUUGACCAUGGUAUCCAUUCUUCUGUUGUGUUUUCAAUGCCUGAGAUUCUCUCUUCCAUCUAUUGUAUUCUGUUGGUGAGGCUUGACUCUAAGGUUCCUGUUCAAGAACCAAAAUUUUAAUUUCCAGAUUUCUCUCAGUUUUGAUUUUCUUUAUUGAUUCUAUUUCCACUUUCAAGUUUUGAAUUGUUUUAUUUAUCUCCUUCCACUUUUUUGGUUUUUUUUCUAUAGAUUUUUUUUAAUGGUUUGUAAAGAUACUUUUUAAAGACCUCUGUUAUAUUUUAAUGUCUUCUUCUUGUUCUUCAGCUAUUUUGGAAUACUCAGGGCCUGCCUGAGUAGGGUUGCUGGGCUAUAAUGGAAAAAUAUAGUCCUGUUUGUUAUUGAUUGUAUGUUUGCCCUGUCAUCUAGGCUUCUGGUAUUGGGAAGAUUCUAGAUGCUGAUAACUAGUCCUGUCUUUGUUGGGUGGGUAUAUUGUUCCUUGGUUUCUAUUGCCUUUUCUGGGUCAUAGGAGAGUGUGUUGCCUGAUAGGAAAUUUGCUGGGAUUCUGAUAGUUGUGGCCACUCUGGGUUUUUGGUAAAAUGUAUUUCUCGGCAUUGACAGCUAACACUUAGGAAUGGAGAUGGGUUUGGGAGGGGCUGAGGGGUCCACAGGAGGGAGGAAAACAGGGUAUCCCACUAGUGUCUCCUUGGUUCUCUGGGAAUUGGGGUAGAGACUGAGAAGAGGCCACAGCAGAAGGUUUGCUACAGAGCUGGGGAUGAACCUGGGGCAUCGGACUUGGAGAAAUGGAGGGAGAAAUGAAGAUCUGCAUUUAGCCUGCUUGCUUUCCUGGUCCAUGACCUGUGGGUUCCCAGGGAGUGCCUGCUGGAGCUGGGGGAGGAAGAUUAGGAGGAGAAGUAUGAUUCUCUGGAGAUGGGAGUAGGGUGCAAGGUGGCAGCAGCUGGUAGUCUGCUGCAGAGCUGGGGGUGAGCCUGGGGAUUUAGAUUUGGGAUUUGAGGGAGAGGUUGAGAUCUACCUACCAAUUAUUCUACCUACUUCUCUUGCUGGAGAGAUGACAGUUUUCAAAAAUUGGUAGAUGAUAAAUUAUUUAAUAUAAAUUAAACAUUUGAUGGUGAUCAUGAUUAGAAUAUAAAUUUGAAAGUCAGCAGCCCGAACAUAGCUUGUUUUUAAAUUUCUCUGUAUUCUCAAGAACUUCCUAUAUGUAUUCAAUGAAAUAUGAUCUACUCCAUUUUCUCCUUCAGGUCUCCUUAUUGUCCCACAGCAGUCCUUGCCCCACCAACUUCAUAUCCUAUUUUCUUUUUUCCUUUUCUUUUUUUGUUUUUAUAAUCCACUAAGUCCAGUUAGUGCUGCGUAUAACAAGCAUGGGUGUGGGGCUGUCCACCGGAGCAUGGGAAAGCUACCAGAACCAUAUCCUCCAAACAGAAUGAUGCCUUGUCCUCAACAGCUAUCCACUGUCAGCAGCUUCUCAGUAAAGAGUGGGGCCUGCAGAUCAUCUGUCUCAUAUGUGCGUAAUUUAAGUGGCCUGGGAAAUCAAGAGACACACUUGUGGCAAGUUGAAGUCACCAACGGCAUUACGUCAUAUGAACAGAUGGUUGAAGCAGAACUACAGAUUCAAGAGAAAAUGCAUCAAGGGGCAAAACCGUAUAUAUAUAACGAAUGUAUGGAAACAUUUGAUCAGAAUUCACAGCACACCAUGAAUCAGACAUCUCAGUCUCAUGAGAACCCCUUUGGAUGGGAGGAAUGUAGAAAAUUCUUCUAUUAUCAGUCCACCCUCACUCAACAUCAAAGAUUUCAUAUAGGUGAGAAACUCUAUGAGUCUCCGCAAUGCUGGGAAAUUUUCCCCUGGAAGCCCCAAGUCAGUGUACAGGAGACAUUUCAUGCAGGUGAGAGACGUUAUGAGUGUGAAGAAUGCAGGAAGUCUUUCCACCGGAAGGCAAACCUUAUUCGACAUCAGAGAAGAACACAUAGCAGAGAGAAGCCCAAUGAGUGUAUAGAAUGUGGGAAAACUUUCUACUGUAAGUCAGACGUAACUCGACAUCAUAGAAGAACUCAUAGUAGAGAGAAACCCUACGAAUGUGUAGAAUGUAGUAAAACUUUCUACUGUAAGUCAUACCUUAUUCGACAUCAGAGUAGAACUCAUAGUAGAGAGAAGCCCUAUGAAUGUACAGAAUGUACUAAAACUUUCUACUGUAGGUCAGAUCUUACUCGACAUCAAACAACUCAUAGUGGGGAAAAGCCUUUUGAAUGUAAUGAAUGCUCUAAAACAUUCUACUAUAAGUCAGACCUCGCUAAUCAUCAGAAAACUCAUACAGAUGAUAAUCCCUAUGAAUGUAAAGAAUGUAGGAAAACUUUCUGCUCCAAGUCAAGCCUCAAUCAACAUCAUAGGAUUCAUACUGGUGAGAAGCCCUAUGAAUGCAAUGAAUGUAAGAAAAGUUUCAAUUCUAAGUCAAACCUCACUGAGCAUCAGAGAAGAACUCAUACUAGAGAGAAGCCCUAUGAAUGUAAUGAAUGUUGGAAAUCCUUCUACUGUAGGUCAGAACUCAUUAAUCAUCAGAGGACUCAUACAGUGGAGAGAUACUAUGAAUGUAAAGAGUGUAGGAAAAAUUUCUACUGUAAGUCAAACCUCAAUCAACAUCAAAGAACUCACACAGGAGAGAAACCGUAUGAAUGUAAAGACUGUAACAAAGCUUUUUAUUGUAAGUCAAACCUCAAUCAACAUCAAAGAACUCAUACAGGUGAAAAACCUUUUGCAUGUAAAGACUGUAGUAAAGCUUUCUAUUGCAAGUCAAGCCUUGUUAAACAUCAAAAAAUUCAUUCAGGUGAGAAGCCAUAUGAAUGUGAAGAAUGUAGGAAAACUUUCUUCCAAAAGUCAGAUCUCACUCGACAUCAGAGAACACAUACAGGUGAAAAGCCCUAUGAAUGUAAAGAUUGUAGCAAAACUUUCUAUUGUAAGUCAAACCUCAAUCAACAUCGGAGAACCCAUACACGUGGAAAACCUUAUGAAUGUAAAGAGUGUAGGGAAACAUUCUGUUCUAAGUCAGAGCUCACAGAACAUCAAAGAAGUCAUACAGAUGAGAAACCCUAUGUGAUGUUUAAUAUCGAUUGUCAACUUGACGAGAUCUGGAAUCAUCUGGGAGACAGGCCUCUAGGCAUGCCUGUGAAAGAUUAUCUAGUUUAAGUUAGCCUCUGGGUAUGUCUGAUUAUCUUGAUGUGGUUAAUUGAAGCAGGAAGACCCACCGUAAAUAUGGUGACCUGACGUUAUGUACUUUAUGGAAAGGGGUAGCACCAUUCUGUAGACUGGGGUUCUGGACUACAUGAAAAGGAGAAAGGUUGAUUAAGCAUGACCAUUUGUUGUUUUCUGCUUCCUAUCUGGCUACUACCCAACUAGCUGCCUUAAGCUCCUGCCACAGUGACUCCUCUGCCAUAAGGGCUUGUACCUUCAAACUGUGAGCCACAGCAAAAAGUAACUAUUCUAGGAAAUGGGUUCCGAGAAGUGAGGUUGCUCUGAUAAAUUCGGCUAUAUGGUUCAUGGGCCAUUGGAAAUGGUUUUCAUGAGGAAUGUAGAAGAUUUUGGGACUUUGGGCUAAUAUAACCUUUAAAUGCUAUGCUACAGAGCUAAAUAGGCCAUUCUGGUGGAAGUUUAUAAGAUCAGGAGGCAGAGGGAAGUACAGGCUGUGGAGGCCUGGCUCAUAAGGCUUCAGAGGGGAAUAAGAACUGUCAGGAAGUGGGCUGGAGACCAUUGGUGUGAUUCUUUGCCAAGAAUCUGGCUUCAUUCUCCCUGUGUUCUGAGAACUCGAGUAAUGGUGAACUUAAAGAAAAUGUGCCGAUCUAUCAGGUGAAGAAAAUUUCCCAGUGGGAGUGUAUUUUGACUGACACGGCUUCUGGUAACAGCACUUGUAAAGUUCACAGUGAAAAAAACUUGCUUUGAGCAGUUGAUAAGUGCAAAAGCGAUCAAAACUUGCAGCAUCUCAUGGAUUAAGAAAGCCACAGCAAAGCAACAUCUGUAGGCAAGGCAUGUAUGAAAAAAAGAGGCUUUCUUAAAAGAACCUGCUUUGCCCCAGGGCAAUAGGGAAUGUGUGUGAAUGCCCUGCUGCACCUACCAAAGGUUUCAGCUCGUGACAAUGCAGACUUAUUUGAAAGUAAAAAGCCAGGACUGAGAAUGCAGCUGCAGGGGUUCCCUACUCUUUGAAGACAACUCCCCCCCCCCCCCCCCCCCCCCCCGAAGAAGUGUUUCUGUAGGGUCAACACACUCUAGGUGACAUAACUGUGAUCCAAGAGGGCACCUUACAUGUCUAAUGAGCAACAGCUCUUGGAAGUUUUGUGUAUGUAAUACUAGUUUCCUAAGCAUGAAAGGUGGAAUAUUGAAGGGGUCAGAUAGACUUGCUCCAGAGUUUCAGAUGGCAGUUGUGGCUAGGCAUUCUAGAUCAGGACUGGAGUUUCUACACGGAGGCUCUGAUUGGCCACUGCAUGAACCUAUGAAGGUGAACUCUAAGUUGCCAUGGAGACUCCAGUAUAUAAGUGAUACCAGGACCAUGGGGGCAUCCACCAAAGAAAGCUACAGGCAAGGGGUGGGGCCAGCCUUAAAGAAAGCCACAGGCAGCAGAGAUGGAAGGUCUCAAGUACUUUGGAUUCCAGAUGACUAUAUUACAAGUCUCAGAUGCUGGACAUGGAGCAGCAAGAUUUACUGUUUUCUCUGCUGGGUUUCAGCCCUCAUUUUUCUUUUCAGGAAUAGGAAUGUUUACGCUUUGCUUUUACGUAUUGGUACCAUGUAACUUCCUUUUGGGUAUUAAGGGACCUCACAAAUAAAAGAUUGUUUCAGAUGAAACUUGGACUUUGGAUAUUAAAACAGCAUUGGAACUGUUGAAGACUAGGGACUUUUGGUGUUGUACCUAACACACUGCAUUCUGAAAUGGCCAUCAGCUUAUGGGGACAAGAGAGGAAAGUUAUUGCUCAGCAGUGAUAGCCAUGUCAGGUUUGCAAGGAAUAGAGUUUUGAUGACUAAUAUUCUCAGCUUGGCAAGAUCAGGAAUCACUCUGGGAAUGUCUGGGAGAGAUUAUCUUAAGUUAAUUGCCAUGGGACGAGUUACUUUAAAUGCUUGUAGCACCAUUCUAUGGACUGGGGUCUAGAUUGCAUGAAAAGGUGAAAGAUGGCUAAGAAUGAGCAUUCAUUGUUUUCUGAUUCUUGACCGUGGAUGCCACUGGACCAGAUGCUUCAAGCUCCUACCACUGUAACCUCCCUGUCUGGAUGGAUUCUACUUUUGAACCAUGAGCUAAAAUAAACUCUUCCUUAAUUUGC